AUGUCUGCCACGACCGUCCCCGACACACUCAGACACAGCUUCUCCUCAACACACUCAGACCUCACCUUCUCCUCGACACGCUCAGACCUCACCUUCUCCUCGACACGCUCAGACCUCACCUUCUCCUCGACACGCUCAGACCUCACCUUCUCCAUGACACGCUCAGACCUCACCUUCUCCUCGACACGCUCAGACCUCACCUUCUCCUCGACACGCUCAGACCUCACCUUCUCCUCCACACGCUCAGACCUCACCUUCUCCUCCACACGCUCAGACCUCACCUUCUCCUCGACACGGAAGACGGAGGUGCCCCCCGUCCUCCACGUGUUGGAAGCCAGCCAGCGCCAGGUGGAUGAUGCUGUCCUCGACACCGUGAAGAGAAGCCUGGACAAGAGGGAAGUCACCACCCCAGCUGAGCUUCUGUCUUUCUCCAAGCUCGCGGAGCCCAGCAGCAGAGCUGUUUCCCGAGCAGCAGAGAUAAUGGAGACUUCCCUGGAAGCCCUGAGGCUACAGCAGUCACAGCUUCCCCUGGAUGCCUUCCCAGAAGACCUGCUGAGCACCGUGGCAAGUCUGUCCGGAUGCCUGCCUCACAUGCUGCCACCAACGUGCCCCACCUCCUGCCUGGCAAGCAAGUACAGACUCAUCACAGGAGCCUGCAACAACAGGGACCAUCCCAGAUGGGGGGCCGCCAACACGGCCCUGGCGAGAUGGCUCCCUCCAGUCUACGAAGAUGGCUUCAGCCAGCCCAGAGGCUGGAACUCCGGCUUCUUAUAUCACGGGUCUCCACUGCCCCCGGUCCGGGACGUGACAAAGCAAGUUAUCCAAGUUUCCAACGAGGCGGUGACAGAGGAUGACCAGUAUUCUGAUUUCCUGACUGUGUGGGGACAAUACAUCGAUCACGACAUGGCACUCACACCUCAGAGCACCAGCCCCGCUGCCUCCUGGGGAGGAGCUAAUUGCCUGCAGACAUGCGAGAUCCGAGGCCCCUGUUUCCCCAUACAGCUUCCCGCCAACGCCUCGCCUGCCGCGGGCACGGCAUGCUUGCCCUUCUACCGCUCAUCCGCCGCCUGUGGCACCGUGGACCGGGGCGUGCUCUUCGGCAACCUGUCCGCGGCCAACCCACGGCAGCAGAUGAACGCCUUGACGUCCUUCCUGGACGCGUCCACCGUGUACGGCAGCUCCCCAGCCGCCGAGAAGCAGCUGCGCAACUGGACCAGCACCGCGGGGCUGCUUCGGGUCAACCUGCGCCACCACGACGCUGGCCGCGCCUACAUGCCCUUCACGCCACCGCGCGCGCCCGCCGCCUGCGUGCCCGCGCCAGGUGCCCCCAGCGCUGCCCGCGCGCCCUGCUUCCUGGCGGGCGAUGGCCGCGCCAGCGAGGUCCCCGCCCUGGCAGCUGUGCACACCCUGUGGCUGCGCGAGCACAACCGCCUGGCCGCCAAGCUCAAGGCCCUGAACGCGCACUGGAGCGCAGACACAGUCUACCAGGAGGCACGCAAGGUGGUGGGCGCCCUGCACCAGAUCAUCACCUUGCGAGAUUAUGUCCCCAGGAUCCUGGGUCCGGAGGCCUUCAGGCAGCACAUAGGCCCCUAUGAAGGCUAUGACCCCACCGUGAACCCCACCGUGUCCAACGUCUUCUCCACGGCGGCCUUCCGCUUUGGCCAUGCCACGGUCCACCCGCUGGUGAGGAGGCUGGACGUGGGCUUCCAGGAGCAUGCCGACCUGCCCAGGCUGCCUCUUCGGGAUGCCUUCUUCAGACCCUGGAGACUCAUCCAGGAAGGUGGCUUGGACCCCAUAGUGAGAGGCCUCCUUGCCCGACCAGCCAAGCUGCAGGCGCAGCACCAGCUGAUGAAUGAGGACCUGACAGAAAGGCUGUUUGUGCUGGCACAGCCCGACGUCCUGGAUCUGGCGUCACUGAACCUGCAGCGGGGCCGGGACCAUGGCCUGCCAGGGUACAACAGAUGGAGAGAGUUCUGUGGCUUGCCUCGGCUAGAGACCGCCGCCGACCUGAGCAGGGCCGUCGCCAACAGGAGCCUCGUCGACAAGCUGAUGGACUUGUACAAGCAUCCUGACAACAUUGACGUCUGGCUGGGUGGCUUAGCCGAGGACCUCCUGCCCAGGGCCCGGACGGGCCCCCUGUUUGCAUGCAUCAUUGGGAGGCAGAUGAGGGCACUGAGGGACGGGGACAGGUUCUGGUGGGAGAACAGCGCGGUCUUCACGGAGGCUCAGAGGUGGGAGCUGGGCAAGCACUCGCUGCCCCGGGUGCUCUGUGACAACACGGGCCUCACCAGCGUGCCCGUGGACGCCUUCCGCACAGGGACGUUCCCCCAGGACUUCGUGCCCUGCUCGAGCAUCCCCGGCCUGGACCUGGAGGCGUGGAGGGAGACCUUUCCACAAGACAAGUGUGGCUCCCCGGACGAGGUGGACAACGGGGGCUUCGUGCACUGCGAGGAGUCUGGGACGCGGCUGCUGGUGUAUUCCUGCCACCACGGGUUCAGGCUGCAAGGGCAGGAGCAGGUCAACUGCACCAGGGACGGGUGGGACUUCCAGCCCCCCGUGUGCAAAGAUGUGGACGAGUGUGCAGACCCCACACACCCGCCCUGCCAUGUCUCCGCCCAGUGCAAGAACACCAAGGGCAGCUUCCUGUGUGUGUGCACCGACCCCUACGUGCUGGGCGAGGACCAGCGCACCUGCGUAGACUCUGGCAGGCUUCCCCGGGCGUCCUGGGUCUCCAUCGCACUGGGCACGCUGCUCGUCGGUGGCUUGGCAGCCCUCACCUGGAUGGUGAUUUGCAGGUGGUCACAUUCAGAUGCAAAAUCCACACUGCCCAUCCCUGAGAGAGACGCAGAAGGACAUGGAGAACGUCGGGAAGUGGGGCCGGCCCAGCACCCGGCUGCAGCUGUGGACUCAGAGCAGCUGCUGCUGCUGCUUCUGCACGGGGCACGUGGUGCACAGCCUCUGUGCCUCUCUCCUCUCUUCCUGCACUGGAACCCUGGCCUCCUGCAGGCCAGGGAGGAGAACAGUGAUCCUGAGAAAGCAAGAGCCUUCAGGGCUCCUCCCGGAGUUGGGCUCCGAGUGGGUGGAAUCCUGCCAGUCAGGACUCACCUGGGCUAUGGCUUCUGGGUGGACCACGUCCAGAGCCAGGGAGUAGGUGAGUGGGUGGGCGGGCACACAACCCCAGGGCAGCAUGCCGGCCUGCGCUUCGGCAUUGCCGCCCAAGGGACACCGCAGCAGGUUCAUCAGCAGCUGGGCAUUGCCUCCUUCCCACUACAGGUGCACUGCGCUGCCCCAGCACCUCUCCUGCUCCGAGUGGUCGUGGGACAAACUGACACUGAAGCAGUGUGGAAAGGCACACUGAGCCAGUUUGCAGACCUGCAGCAGUUUCACCCUGAGUUGCAGCACGGCACAGGCCAGCAAGACCCCUGCAUCCAAGGACGUGGAAAUGCCUUGAUCCCCAGCGAAGUGCGCUGUCAGGUGCAGCAGAAGACCUGCUCGCACCUCACGACCCACAACAGCAUAGCACAACAGCAGGCAGUUCUGGAUUGGUGGAACAAGUCUGGGAAGAACGAGCAGCAGUCAGAACAGGACAGCUUUUGGAUCAAGCAGAAGAUUUCUCAAGGGACUGUGGCCGACCACUGA